GCCUCCCCGCUCCCCGCCGCCGUCUCUGAGCCAAUCCGCAUCCUCCACGCCCAGCUCAUGCAGUCCCCGCACCUCGAGCCCUCCGCGCUGCUCGUCCGCGACCCAAUACCCACCCCUCCGGGCCCGCCGCUCCCGGACGCAGUGCCGAAGGGAAAGCGGAAGCGCGGGGGCACCCACGCGGGCCACGGCGUCGCGUUCCAGGGCGGGAUCUGGUCAUGGAUCGUGCUGGCCCAGGUCAAGGAAGGCACGGAGAAGCGCGGCGCCAUCGAGUCCGUCGUGCGUCUCGUGCGUAAAACGCUCUUGACGAUGGACCCCCCGCUCCCGCUGCCCAAGAACUCGCGGAGAACAGUCAGCGACGGAUGGGCGAUGGUGGACGCGGGCGACUUUGCCGUGCACAUCGUCAGCCGCGACGCGUACCAGAAGUUCUUCACUGACAGA